AUGGAUAUGCUUUGGCACAAAAGUUCCUUAUUCUUGGAAUUGCUUCACUACUUGUUGAUGAAGCUCAGCAAACUCAAAGAAAAAGAUAAGAUGAAACCAUCAAAGGGUAAAACACCUUUCUUGUUGCUUGUUCAAAUUCUUGAAGUUCUUAACAAGGAGAGGAACGGUAGGGCACUGCUUGCAAAUUUUGCAGAAGAGUGGUCAAGACUUGAGACUGCUUUCAAGCAUGUUCGUGGUGUUUUUGAGUUCAGGUUCAAAGGUUAUAAAUCUGUGGGUAAAGAGACUCUUACGGAUUUGUUUGAAGGGCUGAGUAAGCUAAGAAGAGGUUAUUGGAGUGAUUCAGUGGGAUUCUUCGAAGAAGAAAAUGGAAGAGACAAGUGCAAGUGCUGCAUGAACUGUCUCAAGGCUACUCACUUCAAUAAUGUGAAAGUGUCAUACAAAGCAUUGCAGACUGAGGUUACAGCAGGAAGUGCAUCUGGGUUCAAUGGUUGA